GCGGGCACGUCCUCUUCCGGCGCGCGAGGCGCGGUUCCUGCCGACGUGUUCUUCCGCUGGCGAGCGAAGGCGUAGGCUGUGCUAGGCGAAAUGGAGCUUGAGGCCAUGAGCAGAUACACCAGCCCUGUCAACCCGGCUGUCUUCCCCCACCUGACCGUGGUGCUCCUGGCCAUUGGCAUGUUCUUCACCGCCUGGUUCUUUGUCUACGAGGUCACCUCCACCAAGUACACGCGGGACAUCUACAAAGAGCUUCUCAUCUCCCUGGUGGCCUCGCUCUUCAUGGGGUUUGGUGUCCUCUUCCUCCUGCUCUGGGUUGGCAUCUACGUGUGAUUCUCUGGGGUACCCCAGGAGGCUUCGCUGAAUCUCUGCUUUUAUAAAUUAAUUUUUUACUGAUGUCAGAAGUGUCCCAUCUGCUGGUCACAAUAAAGGCAGAUGGUGACAGUCCUGUCCUGCACCCCUUCUGUGGGGUAGGGGCAGGGCUCCCCUCUCCUGUUCCUCA